AUGUCUGACGGCUGGGGUUCCCCUGAGAAGCCGGUGGCCCCCAAGCAGGUUGCCGGGCCUUCAACUACCGUUGCGCAACGUCCUGAGAAGCCAGUCGGUGACUGGGGUCAGCCCGUUGCAUUCGACUACACCGAAACUGAUGUUGACCGCAAGUGGGGCAGCAACGGCGCCAUCUAUGAAUGGGAUGGCGAAGAAGGCGAAGUCGGUCCUGUGAAUCCAGAGCUGGAACUCCAGCUCUUUGGUCGCCCAGAGGAGCGACACUGCGCCGGCGUCGAUUUCUCCAAGAUCGCGGAGAUCAGUGUCUCCCAAGAGGGUGAGAAGCGUAUCAUCCCUAUCUCUCACUUCAAAGACGCGGGUCUUCACCCUAUCAUGAUGAAGAAUGUUGAGAUGGCCGGCUACAAAACACCGACCCCCAUCCAAAAGUACUGCAUCCCGGCAAUCAAGAUGGGACAUGAUUUGAUCGCCAUUGCCCAAACAGGUUCGGGCAAAACCGCUGCAUAUCUGGUUCCUAUUUUGAACCAGCUGAUGGGCAAAGCCAAAAAAUUGGCUGCUCCCCGUCCUCAGCAAUAUGACAAUGGACCACCCCAAUACGUGCGAGCCGAGCCUUUGGUACUCGUGGUUUGUCCUGCUCGAGAACUAGCAAUUCAAAUCUUCGACGAAGCGCGUAGAUUCUGUUACCGCACAAUGCUUCGUCCUUGUGUUGUCUAUGGAGGAGGACCUAUUCAGGAGCAACUCCAACAGAUUGGGCGAGGCUGCGAUGUCCUUGUCGCUACUCCUGGUCGACUUGUCGAUAUCAUGGAGCGCUCGCACCUGUUCACGCUUCGUCGACUUCGAUACAUGGUGAUCGACGAGGCUGAUGAGAUGCUCGACAUGGAUUGGCAGGAGGAAUUUGAGAAGAUCCUCUCCGGUGGAGAACAAGAGCAAGGAAAUGUGAAGUACAUGCUAUUCUCGGCCACUUUCCCUGGCGCUGUUCGCAAACUCGCCAAAGACCAUCUUGCGAUGAACCAUAUUCGUAUUCGCGUAGGUCGCAUCGGAAGCUCCCAUGCAAACAUUUCGCAAGACAUCAUCUUCGUGAAGCAGGAGCUGAAGCGAGAGGCUCUUCUUGAUCUUCUGUACUCGCUGACUCCUGCCCGAACCAUCAUCUUCGUCAACAGCAAACGCACGGCAGACGAGAUUGAUGAUUUUCUCUUCCACAAGGGUAUGCCUUGCACAUCGAUGCACUCGGACCGCACUCAGCGAGAGCGUGAGGAUGCAAUGCGAGCGUUCCGCUCUGGGAAGUCAGCCCUUCUGAUCGCUACCGGAGUUACGGCUCGUGGAAUUGACGUACGUAACGUCCGCUAUGUUAUCAACUUUGAUCUUCCAAGUGCGGACCAUGGCGGUAUUCAGGAGUAUGUUCACCGCAUUGGUCGAACCGGCCGCAUUGGAUACACCGGUUCUGCCACCUCAUUCUUCACUGAGCGUGAUGAGUCUCUCGCUGAAGAUUUGACCAAGAUCCUCAUGGAGACUCAACAGCCGGUGCCCGACUUCCUCCAGCAGUACAUCCCCGAGGGUGUAGAUCCAAAGAACUUUAAAAUGGAGGACGACAAGAGCGACUUUGAAGAAGAGGAGGGAGACGCGUGGCAGACAGAUGGGCCCAAUGACGGCCAGAAUGCUGGUACUGAUUCCUGGGCUGCUGGCGGUGCAGAUGACAGCUGGGGUGCGCCCGCGGCCGGAGGAGCUGCUGCAGAUGGUUGGGGAUCUGGACCUAAAGUCGAUGCCGCUGGUACUUGGGGUUCUGGUGGCAACUUAGGAGGUGACUCCUGGGUGAAUUCAAGCAAUGCGGAAGCUGACUGGUAA